AUGACGAUUGAUAUUAUUCAUACUAAAGUUGACUUUCAACGUCAUUUAAAUGGCUGUGAACGACGUUUGCAUGAUCUAACCAAAAAUCUACAAACAAUAGAAAAACUCUCUCGAAACUUAUCAGUAAAUAAUGCACAAUUAUAUUUUAAACAAUUAGCUGAAAUUGCAUCAGAUAUAAAAUUUCUUUAUUCAUCAAUAUUACAAUUAGAUCAAUGUCCAUAUUCAGUAACGGCAAUAAAACGUUUAAGUUCAUUAAAAAUAUGUCUUCAAAAAUCUCGUAUGAAAUUUGAAGCUAUGCAACAAGAUGCUCAUAAUAAUUUAGGUUAUGAUUAUAAACAAAAUGACAUUGAAAAAGUGAAUGAUGAACAACAAGAACAACUAGCCAAAUUAAUUAAUGGCAAUGACAAUGAAACAACAUUGGAAUUAAAUCGUAUUGAAAAGCAUACUACGUUUGUUGGUGGUCUUGAAAAAGAUUUAGUUGAUAUACAUGAAGCAUUUCAUGAUAUACAUCGUAUUGUAUAUGAACAAGGUAGAAUGGUUAGUAAUAUUGAAGACGCAUUAACAAGCACAGACGGUAUGAUCGAGGAAGCGACUGAAAAUGUUAAAACAACUGUACAAGUUAAAAAACGUUCGAAACAUAUAAAAUGGAUUUUAAUAUUAAUUUUAAUUUGUUCUUUUCUUAUCGUUUUAUUAAUUAUUUAUAUUACACUUAAAUUAGCUUUGCCUUUUCGUUAA